AUGGCCACCGGCGCUCUUUCUCCUCUUCUCCUGUCUCUGUGCCUGAUUGGGCUAGCCCUUCAAAGGGUGGAUGCAGCGAUUAAUGCUAUGUUUGUGUUUGGAGACUCGACAGUGGAUGUGGGAAACAACAAUUACCUGAAUGACACAAAGGCGAAGGCCAACUUCCCUCACUACGGGAUCGAUUUCCCCGGCUCUGUAGCCACCGGCCGGUUCAGCAAUGGAUACAACACUGCCGAUCUGCUGGCACAACAACUGGGUUUUCCGAUGAGUCCACCACCUUUUCUCUCUCUAUCAACUCCAAAGUGCCUCACCGAACAAAUGUUUAAGGGAAUAAAUUUCGCAUCAGGAGGAUCGGGAAUUUUGGAUCAAACAGGGCCAUUACAGGUAGGAGAGGUCAUUCCAAUGAACACACAAGUACAAAACUUUGCAACCGUCCGUAGACAAAUGGAUAAGUUGGCAGGUCCAGCUGGAGCAGCAGAUUUUCUCUCCAGGUCUCUUUUCUUCAUCAGCGCUGGGAGCAACGACAUGUUUGAGUACUCGUCUAAAAGUCACGGGAACGAUACUGCCUUCAUAGCCAAUCUUACUUCUACAUAUGGAAAGCAUUUGAAGGCCUUGUAUAAUUUCGGUGCAAGGAAGUUCGGAAUAGUAAGCAUCCCGCCUUUGGGAUGUUGCCCAUCCCAGAGGCUAAGAAACCAGACAGGAGGUUGUUAUGAGAUGUUAAAUAGCCUGUCCAGAGGGUUUUACCCAGCCAUAGGAGCUACGCUGCAGGGCCUACAGAGUGAAUUGCCGGAGAUGAGCUAUGCUCUCGGAAAUGGAUAUGAGAUGGUCGCCUAUAUCUUCGAAGAUCCACAGCCCCUUCGUAAGCUAUUUCAUAUGAAAAUCAAUCUAUUUGAGGAUAUUUCAUUUUAGGAGAAUAUUAAUUGAAUAUUAAUCCAGUUGAAGGUCAUGCUCUGUCUACCUUAUAACUAAAUUUGUUAACCCCAACAAAUCCAACCCAAGCAUGAUGAUCUUAUACUAAUCAACAUAGGGAGAGAAGUUUAAAGGUACCAUAUGUCACCAUUAAUAAAUUUCAAAGGACAUUACCUAGUGAUGCCACUUGACCUGGCUAACCAAAUAAAUCUGCUCACUACACAGUCCAAACUAUGAUGAAGUUCUGAUAAAAAAGCCAUGCCCUAAUGUCACAAUUUCAUACAACUGUCAUAUUUAAAUUCAGACAUACUAAUAUCUAAUCUUAAAUCUAUCUUACCAAGUGACACCCAACUUUUACCCAUGGCCUAAAACUACCCAAAAAGUACAAAACCAGAAUUUCAAGGCUAAUGAAUUAAUUUGUUUAUCACUUUUUAGUCACUAUUUCUAAAGUUCAUCACUGACCAAAGAGAUGGAUCCACUACUUAAGAGGGUAGUUAUUUAAUAAAAAGUCCAAUGUCUUGUCUGUUCAUUUAAUGGACAAUCACCCCAUCAAUAACAGAUAACUCAAGUUCAUUUAAUUGGUCACAAAAGCCUUCAUAUUGA